GAUUUCUUCUCUCCAGCGAGCUCCGCAGGAGACACAGGAGCUGGCUGCUGGGUCCGCUCUCCGCCUCCGCCGCGCCCUCCUCGCCCGGGAUGGGCCCCCCCGCCGCCACCGCCGCCGGAGCCCUAGUCUCCCGGCCGCCGCCUCGGUCGCCGCGUUUGCCCUGAAGCCCGGUGCCCGCGCGCCCCGGCUCACCCCGCAGCUUCACUCCCCACCCCACCCCGCCGCCUCCCGGGCCAGACUGCGGUAGAGCUCUCAGGAUGCUGCCGCCGGUGCCCUCCCGCCUCGGACUGCUGCUGCUGCUCUUGUGCCCCGCGCACGUCGGUGGACUGUGGUGGGCCGUGGGCAGCCCCCUGGUCAUGGAUCCUACCAGCAUCUGCAGGAAGGCCAGGCGGCUGGCAGGAAGGCAGGCCGAGCUGUGCCAGGCGGAGCCGGAAGUAGUGGCAGAGCUUGCCCGAGGCGCAAGACUGGGGGUUCGAGAAUGUCAGUUCCAGUUCCGUUUCCGACGCUGGAACUGCUCCAGUCACAGCAAGGCCUUUGGGCGCGUCCUGCAGCAGGACAUCCGAGAGACAGCUUUCGUGUUUGCAAUCACCGCAGCCGGUGCCAGCCACGCGGUCACUCAAGCCUGUUCCAUGGGAGAGCUCCUACAGUGUGGUUGUCAGGCACCCCGCGGGCGGGCACCGCCUAGACCCUCCGGCCUUCUGGGCACUCCUGGACCUCCAGGACCAACUGGCUCUCCAGAUGCUAGCGCAGCCUGGGAGUGGGGAGGCUGCGGAGACGAUGUGGACUUCGGGGAUGAGAAGUCAAGACUCUUUAUGGACGCGCAGCACAAGCGGGGCCGUGGAGAUAUCCGUGCAUUGGUGCAACUGCACAACAACGAGGCGGGCAGGCUGGCGGUGCGGAGCCACACGCGCACCGAGUGUAAGUGCCACGGGCUUUCGGGUUCCUGCGCUCUGCGCACCUGCUGGCAGAAGCUGCCUCCGUUCCGCGAGGUGGGCGCACGGCUGCUGGAGCGCUUCCACGGCGCCUCGCGCGUCAUGGGCACCAACGACGGCAAAGCUCUGCUGCCUGCGGUCCGCACACUCAAGCCUCCCGGACGAGCGGAUCUCCUCUACGCAGCCGAUUCACCCGACUUCUGCUCCCCAAACCGGCGCACCGGUUCGCCGGGCACGCGCGGACGCGCCUGCAACAGCAGUGCCCCGGACCUCAGCGGCUGCGACCUGUUGUGCUGCGGUCGCGGGCACCGCCAGGAGAGCGUACAGCUCGAGGAGAACUGUCUGUGCCGCUUCCACUGGUGCUGCGUGGUGCAAUGCCACCGCUGCCGGGUGCGCAAGGAACUCAGCCUGUGCCUCUGACCCGUCGCCUGCCUCGGAACUGCUGGCAGCCACCUCUAGGCCAUCUGCAGGACUAUUAGAUUCCAGCAGGGGGCGCUGUCUGAGUCCAGCAGCUCCCUAGGAAAAGUACCUAUCCAGGCCUUGGGAAAUUACAGGGGCCAGCCAGGAACUUGGGGUUUACACCAGCCCACGAAAGCCCCGGGGGAACAUACCCCUCCAGCAUUCCCCAGAAAGGCCCUCUGCUAGUUUCUGCAGGAGGUCCCUCCCCUUGGCCUCCCAGAUGGAAAUAAAAAAGCCAGACUCUGCUCUCUGGAAAUAGUAUUCCUCAGAAUUACUGGGAUGGAUGGGUGAGUUUAGUAUCAAUAAAGACAUUUCAAUCCACA